UUCAACAACUAGCUGCGGGAAAAAGGAAAUAAAAAAAUUAGAAAACCCGCCUUCCUUCCUUGUUUCCCCUCUUUAGCUCUGGGUAUGUUCUUUGACCACAAAAAUCUUCUCCGGUCAUCCUCCGCCUCCCUACAUCAAGUGUUGCUUGCAUCUUUCCCUUGCACUCCGACCGCCGCCACCGAUUCUUCCCCGUUCGUUGACAUCGAUCAAGGCUCAUUUACUUCUACCCACUGGAACCACCAUAUCUCCCACUCGAUGUUGAAAUUGUCAGAAAAAGCCCUAAUUCAGUAUUAUACUCUCAAGUCUCAAUAUUAAGAAUGCAAAUCUUGAUUCUUGUUUGUUUCUUAUUCCCCACAGAUAAACCGAAAAAGGGGAAUUAGAAUAACGAAGGUAGCGAGAGUUUUGGUCCGGUGGUCGUGGUUCAUCUAUCGAGCAAGGAAGAUGGGAAUGCAAUCAACCAUGGUGGCUCGAUGAUGUAAUCAAUCGAGAAAGGGGAAACACCUCUAGCAGCGAUGCUUCCCUUGUCUGCCGCAGCUAGGGGGAAGGCGCUCCGACGGUCUCCUUGGUCGUUCUUCCUUGUCGCCAUUAGAUUACACGUAGGGAGGGGACUCAACUAGUCCGAUGGAGUAGGGCAAGUAGCGACUAGUAGAUCGGGAUGAUCGAUCUAUUCGUGAGGAGGAGGAGGUAAUUAUCGGUUCUUGGUGAGCUUUCCUUGGCUUCUUAGACUCCGUCAUCGGUAGAAAUCGGGGUCUCUUCUUCUUAUUCACGCCUCCACCAUGGACCUCAAUUUUAAACCACCUGAUGCUCGCUUCUUUCUUCUUGAAGGACCCUCCGUCAUACCAGGUUACUAUUCAGGAUCAUUCCCUCUUUACAUUUUUCCGAUCUGCUCAGAUCACUGAUGUCGGGCCAGUUGGCAUCCACGGUGGUGCGGGACAGCUGACGUCCCUUCCUCCCUCUGGGAAAAAACCACCACAACAUCAUCCCCAACGUAUCAAGACCACAACCUCACACCCUCGCCACCAAUGUACAUCAAGGAAUUUGCCAGCCACCACCACUAACACUUUUUUAGGUUGGAUAUUUGCUUGGGUUUGGUUUCUUGAAGGUGUUCAUGGUGUGCUGGGACUCCUCAGAUACGGUUCAUGAACGAAUGACACAAAAAAAUAUUGAUGGCAUUAUAAAAGGGGGAUAACCAGAAUAGAGUAAGUGGACAAGCAAUGGAGUUCAAGCAACUGAACAUACAUGCAUGAGAAGUAUUUGAGAAGGGCAAUGAUGUCCAUAUGCAAGCUGCUCCUUCACAAACUAAAUUGUUGUAUAAGAAUUAUAAAGUGAACAAAGAGAAGCUGAAAUCUCAAGUGAAGGAGAAGUUAAAUAUGAUCGUGUUGGAAGAAUCAUCAAAGGAAAGCUGCUUCUUCAUCUGCUAGAAGAGCACCUGUCUCAGGGACAAAAGGGAAAAACAAGAAAUAUUGUGGUGGUGGUGGUCAGAUAAUGGGGGCAGGAUCUUCCCUGAAAAUGCAAUACCCUCCAUCAGGGCCAAGUGGGUGGGGCCAGCUUGGUAAUCAUGUGACUUCUGGGCUAGUUGCAAAUGAGUCUACUGAAACAUCAACAUUCUCCCCAUUGAUUGGAAGAGAAGUGAGAACCAGAUGGCCUGAUGACAACAAUUUUUAUGAAGCAGUUAUAACAGAUCACAACCCCGUUGAGAUAUCACCAGAGGAUAUACAAUGGUGGAUCAGGUAUUCAGUUCAUGGAAUGAGUAGACCCGUCGGACGUGAUAAUGGUCCUGGUGGAGGUGGAGGUGCAAGGAGAGGUAGAGGGUUGCCCAAAAGUCAAGCAGCAGCAACAUCAAGAAAAGAUUUUCCACGAUCACAUAAUGGCAUUGGAAAGAAGGGUCGAGACAAUAUUCAGUCACUUCACACUGAUACUCUUAUAAAAGAGGUUGAAAGGGUAUUUGGGUCUAGUCAUCCAGAUCCUGUCGAAAUACAGAAAACUAAGAAAAUGCUCAAGGAACAUGAACAAGAACUGACUGAUGGCAUUGCAAGGCUUGCAGAUAUCUCAGAUGGUGAAAGUGGUGAUUUGGUAAAGAUGGCAAUGGUUAACACUAGUGGUCCAAACCAUUUACCUUCUUUUGGGCAAUUGAUUGGCAAUCUUACUCAAGAUAUACCACUUCUUUCUUUUUUUGCAGAUAUACAAGUGUUGCAUUCUUCAUUUCAAUUGUACAUAUGUUUGUUUUGGUUUGCAUGCAGUCUUUGUUUGGCAGCUUGGACAAACUUUGAAGCACCUGAUCGUCCAUGGCAUUCUCGGAGGUAUUUUACUUUAUUAAAUGUUGCACAUCAUGGAACAUUUUAGGGCAGUUGUUGGUUUUCCUCUUGGUGAUCCAUCAAUGAAGUGGCCAACAUCAUGUAAUAACAUUUAGGGGAAGAUGUAGGUAUAUGUUUUUAAUGAAUAAUGUAAUCAUAUGUAUGAAUAUGAAAUAAAGUUUGUUAUUUGUAUGACAAUAAAUUUUAUGCAAUGGAUUGUAUUUUUUGUA